GUGACAUAAGGUGGCUACUCCGUAUCAUCCUCAAACGAGUGGCCAAGUUGAGGUUUCUAAUCAAGAGACAAAAUCAAUCUUGGAGAAAAUCGUGAAUAUUGGACACACAAAUUGGGCAAGAUAAUUUGAUGAGCUCUAUGGGCAUAUAAAAUCGUAUGUAAGACUACUAUCGGCAUGUCGCCCUAUCAAUUGGUGUUUGAAAAGGCAUCUUACCUUUUCAAAGAGUUGGAGCACAAAGCAUUAUGGGUUAUAUGCAAGUUGAACAUAAGUUGGGAGGAUGCCUCCAAGAUAAGAGUGGAAUAAUUACAUGAGUUAGAGGAGUCCCAACUCAAGGCGUAUGAGAGCUCAGUGUUAUACAAAGUGAAAAUAAAGAAAUGACAUAGUGCAAACAUUUGAAAAGAGAGUUUUAUGUGGAUGAUGAAGUGCUACUCUUCAAUUUGGUUAAAGCUGUUUGUGGGUAAGCUAAAAUCCAAGUGGUCGAGGCUGUUUAUAGUAACAAAUGUCUAUUCGGGUGGGGCUAUUGAAUUGGAGGAUCAUGAGAAAAUGAGGUUCAUGGUGAAUGGUCAAAGGUUGAAACAUUAUCUUGUGGGUGGACCUUGAGAGACCAAGGUUGAGUUGCUCCGCUUCAAGGAUAAAUAUUAAUGUAAAACAACGUCGUGCCACGAUGAUAAUCAAAGCGCUUCUUGGGAGGCAACACAAGGUGCAUUUUUUUUGUUUUGUAUUUGUUUGAGUACUAAUUACAGUCUAUUUUGGUAAAUGCAGGUGAAAAUUCUAAGUAAAGGAGACAUCACACAUGGUUUUGGCUUAAAUUGAGCACCCGCUAGUGCACAUGCCCACGCAUGUUGGGGUGAAUAUGACUAAACAAAAGUUGUAGCACACUGCCUCAAGGUGAUUUGUUGGUGCUUGCGAAGCACCUGCAUGUGCAGGCUAACCACGCAGAUGGCUUGAACUUAUCCAAGCAAACUACCUCGAAGUGUUUUGCCACUCGUGGGUGCAUACAAAGCACUUGCGUGCUAGGUGGCUUGAUUUUUUUCCAGGUACACUGCCUAUUGCCCUAAGUCUACCUGUGUGCACAAGCCAGGCACAUGCGUGUGCAGGCUGGCCACACAGCUAAGCCUAUGGUUCAGCUUAAUUGCAUCAAAUUUUCUUGGUUUUACCCGACCACGUAAACUCAAUACCAUUUUAUAAUAUGAUUUUAACCUUUUUACACUGACAUUUAUCAUUUAUUCAUAGUCUCAUCCAUCUCAAAAGACCCGAUUUUCUCCUCUCUUCACAAAAUUUUUCCCUUUCCUCAAACUUUAAAAUUUCUUCAACUCUCUUUCAAGAACACACUCACACUUCAUCAGUUACAAAUUUGGGAGUUCUUAAUUUUUCGAUUCUCUUACCAUUAUCUUGCAUCUUGAAUUGAUUAGGUAUGACUCCAAUAAAUCAAAUGCAAAGGGCUGUAAAGAAGGGUAACACCAUGGAUAAAGGCUAAGCUAUAUCUACUACCUCUAAGGGUAAGGUUCCAGAUGAUCAAGAAGUCAUUAGAGGCACCAAAGUUCGAAGCAUGGCCGAUCUAUUAAAAGGGUUUGGUAAGCAAGUUGAUUAAAUUCAUUUUAGAGUUGAGGGAGUGCGUGAGAUAUAUAAUAAGUGGGUUUACACUCAAUAUUUCAAUACCAAGAAAUUAUUUAGCAUGAAGGGUGUCCAAGAUCACUUUCCCGACAUAAUAUAACAACUCCAAAAGUACGUGUUGAAUGUCUUCACAGAUCUUGAUCCUACCUCCCAUCCUCCUUGCUAUUAUCUGGAGCUUGUUAGGGAGUUAUAUGCUUCCUACGUCGUCCGCCAUAACCAACAUAGAUAUAAGCCACCGGUAGCGGACCAACCUCGCCUACCAAGUAUGUUUGUUUGAGGUGUUGAGGUACUGUGCUCCAUGUUUGAAGUCAACAAAAUUUAUUUUAAUUGUGAACUUGUGCCCGGGGUUAAAAGGAGGGUGCAAGAUGGUCGUGUAUAUUUUUUUUUGGCUUGAUCGUACUAUUGCAAAUGGCCUUCCUUCAUGAGUUGAUAGCAUCAGACGAUUCAAAAGAAGGAAUAUUUCUAUCCAACCCAAGCAUUGUCUUGGAUUUGAGUAAUCGGUUGCUUCCUUCCACUAAUGAUCAAGACGUCAUUAUUGAAAGGGAAAUUAUUAUUCAGUACGUUAUGGGAAAUAUUGUUGUAAAUCUAGGAGAGAUGAUUAUUGAAAUGAUUAAGCUAAUAUCAAAGAAAUUGGAAACUUUAUUUCUUUUUCUCACUCUCACAUCCAUGAUUUGCUUUGCGGACAAUGUGCCUAUCUUCUCCAAGAUUUAUCAAAGGAUCAAGUGCAACAGAUUGAUUGACAUAACUCAUAGCCAAGAUUAUGAUAAUCCUACGGGUAUUAAGAGGAAAUCUACAGAGUUGGUUGAUUCUUCUUUGGGUGAGUUGCCUAGUUUUGAGGGUAUAGAUACCCCUUUGGUUCCUUCACUUAUAUCAGAUACUCCCCAGGUUUCUAGUGAUACUACUCCGGUGGUCGAUCCUCCUCAUGCACCACCUUCCUCGAGCACUGCACCAACUACUCAGGAUCGGUGCUUUCAUUUGCUGCCUUGUUCGGGCAUUCACUAUAGGAAAUAAGAUAUGGAUUAAUUUUAGGAGGGGCUAACCGAGGCUCAACAGGUAGAGAUAGCUAAGUAGUUAUCCAGAGAUGAGCAACAUGCGAGGAUGGUUGGGGCUAGUUCUAGAUUCCAACCUACCGAGGAGGUGCGAUGCAGUAACAUGAGCCUAGUCUGAGGAGACUCCUAGUAUUCCGAUUGUUGAUUGCCUACAUGCAUCACAUGACAUGUACCCGUGUGACUAAUGCGCUAUAAGUAGUCUUUUCCCUCCUCUUUCUCUCUCUUUAUAAUUGCAUUGGGGACAAUGGACUGCUCUUUAGUUGAGAGAUAGGACAUUUUAUAUUUGGUGGUCUGUAUUGAUACAUGAUUAUGAUGUUAUUUAGACAUUUCCCUUGUUGGGCUUAUUUGUUAUGAUGAUUGUUCAAAUAUUUCCCUUGUCGGGCUUACUUAUUAUAUGUUGUUUAGAUA